UCCGUCGGGGGUGCGCGCGCGCCCCCGCCUGCCUUGCUCAAAGCCUGCUGCAAAGAGCUUGCCUGGGCUCUCCUGUCGCAGGAGGACAGGCGGCUGAGCAGCCCGCGGGUCCCGCUGGGCCCCUUUCCGGGAGGGAGGCGCGUCUAGCAGGGCGUGGUGGGCCGGCCGUGCUCCUUCAAACCCCCCGCGCCGGACAGGCAUGUGCCGCCUCGACGCGAGCCUGGUUGUAGCCGGGGCGUGAGGUGGCCGCUUCGGGCUGCUCCGCCGUCGAGAGUCCCUCGUACUGUCCCGAGCCUCCGUCGUCGUCUGACUGCAAGGGAAAAAGGAGGAUGAAGGAGGUAAUGGCUAAUAACAGUACAACAAAUAUAUCUCAAGCAAGAAAAGCAGUGGAGCAGCUGAAAAUGGAGGCAUAUCUGGACAGGAUAAAGGUAUCCAAGGCUGCUGCUGAUUUAUUGGCAUACUGCGAUGCUCACAUGGGCGAAGAUCCCCUUAUUAUUCCAGUGCCCACAUCUGAAAAUCCCUUCCGGGAGAAGAAGCUCUUGUGUACUAUUCUCUGAAUCACCUUGCAAUUAAAAAUGACCUUUGGGAGAAAACAUUACUGAUGGUGCAUGCUUUUCCUCAAGACAUCUUCUGUACAAUAAUUUAGUCCGAAACUGACUUGCUAAGAACACAGUAAGUUCUUAAGUUAAUAUAAGUGUUCUACAUGGAAGCCUAGUCUAAUGCCAAUUUUUAAAAACCAGUUCUUUGUACUAAACAUUUCUGUUGACUUCUUUUUUUAACGAAGGAGCCUUAUUUGGUUUCAGUUAUAUGAUAGUUUGAUUUUGACAGUUAGAAUGUGUGUGUCUAUUCGUGAGAGAUUCUGAUACCAAGGUGCGCAAUAUCUACUCUCAACUUUUUAAAAUCCUUUGUAUUUUUAUUUAAGAAUUCAGCAAAUUGUUGUGCUUAGUGACAUCUCAAACAAUGGAGCUUUUAGAAAUCUAACUUUCCCCUAUCUUAUAGUCAACCGUUAAACCUUCUGCCCCUUAGAAACAUAGGAAGCAGCCUUUUACCAAGUCAGACCACAUUAUCUGUGCAUAGUGGAUAAACAUUGAUGAUGAUAAGCUUUUAAAAAGCAGAAUUUUUAAUAUUUAAAAAAUGUAAAUGUUAAGUUUUUCAAAGGAUAACUAGGUUAAUGUUAAAUAAUCUGGCUAUAAAAAUGUUAGCCCUACAGUCUACCAGGCAUAUUGCAUUAAAACAGGCUUCUCAAGUGUAAAUGACAAACCCGUUUGAUCAUUUCUCAGAUAGGAAUAUUUAUACUCUACCAACUAAACAAACAUAGGCAAUUCAUUUUUGCUUGAUGAAAACAAGUUGUUUUAGCCUGCCCAGUAACUAUAUCAGAUCUUGCGUCAGCCAAUUGGUCAUGGCUAUUUCAUUUUAUUUGCUACUUUGUUUUUGUGACGGUGAAUCAGGCAAAGUGAAGCAGAAUGGAGCAACACACAGGAAGAGGGAAGAGAAGAUAAAAUUUGUCUAGUGUGCAGGUUUCUGUAUCCCAAACUUGCAGCACAAAUGUACUCAGAUGUCCCACUAAGUUCAAUGGGACUUAUUCCCAGGAAAAAGGGUAUAGGAUUGCAUUCUAAAUCUCCAAAGCUAUCAUGGUUGCUGGUGGUAAGAAGCACCCUCUAUGGGAAUAUUUUUUCUUAAUAUGUACGUUAAAAAAAGGGAAACAUGCAAAAAUGCAUACAACAAAGAAAGGCAAUGCUGGAAUGAGAAUGCAAGAGUCAAAAAUUGUAAAUACUGUAUUUACUUGCAAGUUAACAUGGUUAGGGGUCAGAUUUGCAUCACUUAGGAAAAAUAUAUGAAGUAUCAGUAGAAAACUUAAGUCAGUGAUUAAAAUUGCUAUUUUCUUCUUGCUUAUUUAAAUUGUUCUACCCUGAUGGAGGUACAGGAAUAUUCCCUUGCCCUAUGAGGAGGUACCAUAGUCUGAGCCUGGGACCUUCUGCAUACACACACACACACACACACACACACACACACACACACACACAGUUCUGUACUACUGAACAAUGACCCUUCCUGUUCCCAUUUAAGGAAAUUUGGAGAUUGAGGGGUUUUUUUUGGAGGGGGGGAUUUGUUUAAAUAAUGCAGUACAUUCAGAACUUGCAAGCCAAAAUGAGACCAUGAUGAUCUCAUCUCACUGGUCAAAAUGGCACACUGAAGUUUAGCAGGGCCAUUUCAGUUUAAAUGAAGAAUUGUUGCUCAGAGGUUUAUACAAAUUUUGCAGAAAUUGAUUUCCACACUUCGCACUGUAAACCAUGAAUUGUCAUUACAGGAUGGUAUCAUAGGCUAUUUAGCAAUUGCUUUUAUCCCAGGCUCAACACCAAAAUGCCACCACCAGUCUUGGUCAUCUGCAUGUUCUUAGUAUAGUUCAGCACACAUUAAGGAACUGUAUUUUCUAUGUUUGUUUUGUACGUUAGCUCUUACUCUUAAGUAUAUCUUCAGGCCCUUGAAAUGGUGGCAUAUGGAUUAACAGGGUGUUUCCUUCCAGAUAAACAGGUAGUACCUCUAAAUUAUACAGUUAAUGUGCUCGUUGCUGUGUGAUCAACAGUGUUACUGUGCAACUUCAGUCCUUUUCUCCUCAUUUAAGUUUUUUAUGCUUUCAAUAUUAAUUUUAAUAAAGGUUAUUUUGAUUUGUGA